ACCCCCGCCGCGCCUCCGCAUCUCUUAACCCCGCGUCGCCCAAUGAAGAAAUUGAUUCUGCGCGCAGCCGGCAGAAUCAUCGAACGGCUCUGUGUCCAACGUUCACGCGGUAUUAUGUAAAGGACGUUGAGGUUCGUUGGAUCUCGUUAUAUUUGACAUUACUGGCCAAAGUCAUGAGAUUCGAAAUCGGCGGAGUGUACGUUACAACUGUACGCGUAACGGAGUCGAGCUAGUGAAGAGAAGGCAUACAGAGGAAAGAAGGACUACGCGGACGAGGAAGCUCAAUGGAACUGUACAUCGUCCUCCUGGUUCAUAUCGUGGGAAUUUGCACGGGCUUGAAGGAUGUGAAAAUUCAGGUACCCACUGCCGUGAGGAAUGGCGAUUCCGCGAUCCUGAACUGCUGGUACGAUACCGAGGGUGACACUCUGUAUGCUGUUAAAUGGUAUAAGGGUCCCAGAGAAUUUUAUCGGUACUCGCCGAAGGACAAUCCGGCAGUCAAAAACUUUCCCAUAGGCAGCCUCAGGGUGAACAUAAGCGAAAGUAACGCUACUCAGAUAGUACUUAACGAUCUGGAGUUGGAUUCAGCUGGUACUUACAGCUGCGAAGUGUCGGCCGAUGCACCUUCGUUUCAUACAGCAAUAGCCAGCGCCGUGAUGAACGUAGUUGAAUUGCCAAAUCAAAGACCAUCCAUACACGGUUUGAAAAAUAAAUACCGUGUGGGAGAUAUGCUGCGUGGAAAUUGUACAUCUGGUAGAAGUAAACCAGCUGCGAAUUUGACCUGGUACAUAAAUGAUCGUCAGCCCCUACAGGCCUACGUACGCAGCCACAAUCCGGUCGCGACGAAUGACUCGGUGUGGCAAGCUUCGCAAAUAAGUUUGCAAUUUUUACUAACACCUCAGCACUUCUCUAAUGGCAAAUUGAAAGUGCGUUGUAGCGCAUCUAUAUACGAUGUUUAUUGGAAAAGCACUGAAGUCAGUGCCGAGGAGGACAGACCUAGGACAAUUCAUUUUGAACCAGCAGCGACAAUAGUGGGAAUAAAUUAUCUUCAGCCGCCGCCUAAUUUUCAAACCGGCCAGAGAAAACCGGAUGGACAGGUCGAUGUCAAAGUUAUUGGAGCAUCGAUGAACUUGCAGCCGUCAUUACGAUUCGUUUUGGAAUUGUUUGUCUUUGUUCGACUUGUCGUUUAUUGAAGGUUCUGUAUAAUAUGCGUGCUUUGGAGCUCUUUAUAUAAAUCAACGUGCUUAUAAA